UUGUGAAAAAGAUUAAUUAAUUUGCAUUCAUCAGUAUUCCCCUUGAACCAUUUUUUCCCCCAAUUCUUCAUCGUUACAUAAUUCACCUAUACAUACAUAUAAUUUACAUACAAUAUCAUUUCGAUUCGAUUCAGAGCUUCUCCGAUCACCAACAAUGGCGGCUCCGCCAUCAUCAUCUUCGGCCGCAAACAUCAUGCUAGCCGUCUUCGAGAAGAAGACAGUCACCGUUGAUCUCUACCGUCCUCUUCGAAACUACAUAGUCUUCAAUUACUCAGAACGCGAAGCCCAAAACCUCGAAGACGAUCUCCAAACCCUAAAACAACUGCGAUCCGAUCUCGAACGCGCCACCGUCGACUCCCUCACGUCCCGCCGCGACCUCCUCCAAAGCUACUACAAAGCCCUCUGCGCCGUCGAGUCCCGGUUCCCGAUCUCCAGCGACAAGGACCACGUCAACGCCGUGACUUUCACUUGGCACGACGCUUUCAAGAACAAGCUCAAGGCUUCGCAGCAGAACAUUCAUCUCGAGAAGGCCUCUGUGUUGUUCAAUUUGGGGGCUGUGUAUAGUCAGAUUGGGCUUAGCUUCGAUCGAGCUGAGAUUGAAGGAAGGAAGCAAGCUUCGCAUGCGUUUAUGGCUUCAGCUGGGGCGUUUGCGUUUUUGAGGGAUAAUGAGUCGAUGAAGGCGUCGAUUGGGAGUUCGGUAACUGUGGAUGUGUCGGUGGAGUGUGCGGGGAUGUUGGAGAGGCUUACGCUGGCGCAAGCUCAGGAGAGCGUUUUUGAGAAUACUAUUGCUAAAGGGAGUACUCAUGGAGUUUGUGCUAAAAUCUCAAGACAGGUUGGAAUCUACUAUGAGGAAGCUUUGGCUGCACUAAAUGUUGCGCCUCUCAAGGAGCAUUUCGACAAGACCUGGUUAUCUCAUAUUCAGCUGAAGGCAGCCUUGUUUUAUGCUGAGGCUUGCUAUAGGUAUAGUUUAGAGCUGCAUGAGAAAGAUGAGAUUGCUGAAGAAAUUACUCGGUUGAGGAGUGGGAUUAAUGCUUUAACCGAGGCAAAGAAAUCAUCCUCAAAGGGUGCUGCACAGCAGCUUCUGGAUGCAAUUAAUAAAUUGGAAGGGAAUCUAAAUCGUAACCUGGAGAGAGCUGUGAAGGAGAAUGAUAGAGUUUACCUCAUGAGAGUUCCUCCUGCCAGUUCUUUACCUCCUCUUCCUGCAUUUUCUUUGGUUAAGUCUAUGCCGAUGACUGAACUACUGGACGCAAGCAAGGAGAAAUGGUUUGCAAGUCUUGUCCCUGACAGCAGUGCAAAAGCUCUUUCAAGAUACACUGAAAUGGUUGAUGAAAUUAUCAGAACACAAGCUGAGAAACUGCAACAAGGGAGUGAGCUAGCCCGAGUGAGGCUCAAGGAAAUGGACUUGCCUGAUUCAAUUCUUGCUCUGGAAGGGAAUUGCACCCUGCCAACUACUCUUAAAGACGAUGUUGAGGCAGUUCAAAUCAGUGGAGGCCCAACUGGUAUGGAAGCUGAGCUACAACAGCUUAGAGAUUUGAGGAGGGUAAACCAGGAGUUGCUGGUCCAAACUGAGGAGCUCUUGCAGAAAGAAGCUACAGAAGAUGCUCAGUUUAGAACCCAAUUUGGAACACGGUGGACUAGGCCUCAGUCCAAUACUCUUACAAAGAACUUGCAAGAUAGGUUAAAUAGAUUUGCAGGAAAUGUGAAGCAAGCUGCAGAAAGUGAUGCCCGGAUUGAGCGUUCAGUGAGAGAUAAUUCAGCACUAAUGUCAAUCCUUGACCGACAUCCGAUCGAAUCUGCCCUUCCUACACUUGCUAAGCCUAUAAUGUCUUUGGAUGCCAAUGAAGAUGCCAUAUUGGGGGCCCUGAAGCUGAGCUUGAGGCAAUUGGAGACUCUUGGUGCUCAACGUGCAGGGCUUGAAGACAUGCUCAAAGAGAUGAAGAGGAAGGAUGAUAUAUUACCCAAGUUGAUGGCAUCUACUGGCUCAUAUGAGGAUCUUUUUAGGAAGGAGAUAGCAAAGUAUGAUCACAUAUGUGAAGAAAUUGCACAGAAUAUUGAGGCUCAGGAACAACUGUUGCUACAAAUUCAGGCUCAAAAUGAUGAAUUUGCAGCUGUCUUUAACCUUGAGGACUAUAAAGUAUCUCGUGAGAAGAGCUAUAAGCAGAUUGAAGCUGCCAUAGCAAAGUAUCAAGAAAUUAAAGAAAACAUCAAUGAGGGACUGAAAUUUUACGUUACUCUUCAGGAAGCUAUUACAAACAUAAAGCAGCAGUGCAGUGAUUUCGUGAUGACCCGAAACAUUCAGUGCCGAGAAAUGACUGAAGACGUACAGAGACAAAUGGCUGGUUUCAGUUUUCAGGAUAAGAACACAGGUGCUUCCAACUACCAAAGAGUGGGACCGCCUCAUCAAACUCAAAGAGCCUCUUCGCAGCAACAAAUAGAUCCCGGAAACACGCCCCAUCCUCGUCCUCAGACAAAUUACUACCAGCAACGUCCUGAGCAGCCAACAAUGCCCGGUUAUGCCCACCCCUCACCUCCUUAUGGCACUCCACAGCAGUCGCCACAGCCGCCUUACCAUAUGGCGGCGGCUGGUGGCUCUCCAUACCCACCACAGCAACAACCACAGCCAGCUGGGACCCACGAGUAUGGCCAACCUGCAUAUCCGGGGUGGCGUGGUCCAUACUACAACGCUCAAGGUCAGCAAGCAGGUACUCACCCUCGGCCUCCUUACACCGUUCCGUCUCCAUAUCCUCCUCCCCAGAGUGGUUAUUACAAGCAAUAGUUGGCAUACUUCAUAUCCCCCUCCCUCUUCUUCUCGAUUUGCUAUGUACAAAUUAUAAUUAUUUGAUGUGUAUGUGCGUUACUUGGGUCGUCGCCAAUCAUACUCAUGUAUAGAGUGUUUUGUUUUGCUAUACAGUUAGGAGUUGUAUAAUAAUUUUGAUUUCAUCUGUGGAUCACAUUUUGCAUGUAUGCAUUCUGGAUAUUGAUUUUGCAGCUUGACAUUAUGCUAUUA